AUGGAAGAAUUGAAUCAAGAUAUGUGGUGGGAGAGAGAAAAUUCAAGCCAAUAUCAAUGUUAUAAUGAUCUCUACUAUGAGUCAUAUAAUGAUGAUACAUGUGAUGAUCCAUAUCAUGAUGAUUGUUGGUGGACUGACGAUUCAACUCAAAGCCACAACCAUGAAUCACCUUGUUUUAUGGAGGACCAUGAAUCAGAUGAAUCUUCAUUUAGCAAAAAGUUGGAUCAAAUGCUGGACAUAUUGAGUGAAACCUUCAACAAAGAAGAAGACAACUCCAAGUCAAUUUCAGUUAUUGAAAAACAAUUAGAACAUAUAACUAAGAACCUAAAUCAACAACCUUCAGACAAUCUUUCAAACACUACGCUGGUGAAUGAGGUAACUUUUCCAUGUAGUGAUAAAUUAUUUGAUAACAAAGUGCAUAAACUUACACCACCCGAACUAGAGCAUGUGGUGGAGGAUUAUGUAUCUUUAAAUGAUCACGAGACUGAGAGUAUUUCUGAAAUCAAAGAAGUUGAAAUUGAAUUGGAUAAGUAUAAUGAAGAUUUUCAUGAGUUGGAAGAGUCCAAAGUUGGGGAGGGGUUUGUGGAGGCUAAUAGCACCCCCUACCCAGUAAUUUUGAAAAAACCUGAAACACAACUUUUUGUUCUAACGGAUUCUAAAAUAAAUUCCAAAUACAAACAAAUAAAUUUAAUCAUUUACCGUCCCUUAUUGGCAACCAUCUAUGCUCAGAUUGGUUGUCAGGAAGGUGCAAUUGAUAUAUUAUUUGGAAACCAUAAGGUGAGAUGUCUUGUGUUUGGACCUACUAAUGAUUUUCCAAUCAGUGGUGAUUACUAUGUAAUCAAUACUAUUCAUGAUUAUGUCUAUGAGCAUACCGUAAUUAUGCUCUCCGACACCACCCUCGAUUUGGAGAAAAUUUUCUCAGGUAACAGGUCAAAAUCAUUGGCUAAUAGUGGGAUUCAACACAUGGAAAGAAAGUUGUGGAACAAAAAACAUGAUGCAACACAUGCCCACAAAUCAAAAAUGAAAGUGUUACAUAAUAUCAAGCAUCGAUUAAAGAAGUUUACUAGAUGGAAAGAUGCAUGGCUCUUCAAAACAAGGUUUAAGCAUCAUUGUGGAAGGAUUAAACGCAAAAAAGUUGAUUUUCACAAGGCCAAAAAGGUUUUCUACAUGAUCAGGUUCCUCAAAGUUGUGUUUCAGGGGAUGGUAUUAGCCUGCACAAACCCCUCCCCAACUUUGGACUCUUCCAACUACAAACAAACAAAUUUAAUCAUUGACCGUCCCUUAUUGGCAACCAUCUAUGCUCAGAUUGGUUGUCAGGAAGGUGCAAUUGAUAUGUUAUUUGGAAACCAUAAGGUGAGAUGUCUUGUGUUUGGACCUACUAAUGAUUCUCCAAUCAGUGGUGAUUACCGUGUAAUCAAUACUAUUCAUGAUUAUGUCUAUGAGCAUACCGUAACUAUGCUCUCCGACACCACCCUCGAUUUGGAGAAAAUUUUCUCAUGUAACAGGUCAAAAUCAUUGGAUAAUAGUGGGAUUCAACACAUGGAAAGAAAGUUGUGGAACAAAAAACAUGAUGCAACACAUGCCCACAAAUCAAAAAUGAAAGUGUUACAUGAUAUCAAGCAUCGAUUAUAG